AUGUCCAAGAACAUAAAACAUUUAGUCGUAGAUACGACUGCUUUCAUUCGUGCUGCUAAUCUUCAAGAUAUUGCGAAUGAAAUAUACACAAUUCAAGAGGUAGUAGACGAAAUUACCAAUGACCGGCAGCGUAAAAAGCUCGUAGUACUCCCGUACGAUUUGAAAAUAAAAGAUGUAUUUACUGAAAACAUCAAGUUUAUUACGGAAUUCUCAAAAAAGACUGGCGAUUAUACCAGUCUCUCAGCGACUGAUAUAAAAGUUAUGGCUCUGACAUAUCAAAUGGAAAAAGAAUUUGUUGGUACGAAUCAUCUAAAAUCAGAACCUACGAUGCAAAGGACUGUUAAAGUCAGCGGUUUACCUGCCUUUAAUAAUAACACAGAAGCAAAAGAACAUAUAUCGGAAACAAAUGAUCAAAAAAAUGAUAGCGAAAGCUCAGGGGACGUCCAAGAAUGUAUCACAGAUGACAGUAAGCCAACAAAUGAAACAAAUACUGAAAAUAAACUUGAUACUUCAAAAGACGGGGAUGAAAGUGACGAUGACAAUAAAUUAGCUGAGGAGAUCGCUGAGCAGAUAAAGAAUAUGGACUUAAGAGAAGAAUCGGAAGUCAAUGAUUGUAUCGUAAAAGUCUCCGACGAAGAAGACAGUGAUAGUCAAGAAACUGAUGAAGAAUCUGACAGUGAUGAUGAUGACUGGAUAACACCGGGGAACCUUAAAGAGAAGAAAAAAGAAAUAGAAGACGGAGAAUUUGAGGAUAAAAAUGUCGAAGUUGCAUGCAUAACAUCAGAUUUUGCCAUGCAGAAUGUACUGAAACAAAUAGGAUUGAAUGUUACAUCCAUCGAUGGUAGAGUAAUAAAAUAUCUAAAAACAUUCAUUUUUCGUUGCACCACAUGUUUUAAAACAACAAGCGUUAUGACUAAAGUCUUCUGUCCCAAAUGUGGCCAUGCUACUCUCAAGAAGGUAUCUGUAAGUGUGGAUGACGAUGGCAAUCAACAUAUACAUAUAAACGGAAAAAAACCCCUCACAGCCAGGGGUAAGAGAUUCAGUUUACCGACACCCAGAGGCGGGCAACAUUUCCAGUACCCUAUACUUACGGAAGAUCAACACAUACACAAAACAUUCGCCACAAAAUUGGCUCGUAGUAAAACAAAUGCUCUCGACCCUGACUAUAUCGCUGGAUUUUCACCAUUUGUCAUGAAAGAUGUUAACUCAAAGUCUGCCGUCCUAGGAGUAAGAGCUAAUAAACAGGAUAUCAAAUAUUGGAUGAAGCAUUACUCUAAAGGGAAGAAAAAAUAA